UUCAUUCUGUGGUUACAGGGUGUGCUUGCAUGUAUGUGUGGUAACUUCAUCUGAACUUCAUUCUCCCGGUGAGGCUCUCGACUUCAUAUCGAAUUGUAAAUGGAGGAAACGCCAUUUCCAGCAUGGUCAUGGUCGGUAGAGCAGUGCCUAAGGGAAUACAAAGUGAAACCGGACAAAGGUCUAAGCACUUAUGAGGUUGAGAAGCUGCGCGAGAGAUACGGCUGGAAUGAACUCUCCAAAGAGAAGGGAAAGCCUUUAUGGCGGCUCGUCCUAUAUCAAUUCGACGAUAUCCUUGUUAAGAUACUUUUGGGUGCGGCAUUUAUUUCGUUCAUCUUAGCCUAUAUGCAUGGAAGUGAGUCGGUUGAUUCUGGUUUUGAGGCAUAUGUUGAACCCUUUGUGAUUAUGUUGAUUCUGGUGCUUAACGCCAUUGUUGGCGUGUGGCAAGAAACUAAUGCUGAAAAGGCACUUCAUGCCCUCAAGGAGAUGCAAUGUGAAUCUGGAAAAGUUCUGAGGGAUGCGUACUUGGUCCCUGAUUUGCCCGCGAGGGAGCUUGUUCCAGGGGAUAUAGUGGAAUUAAGGGUUGGUGACAAGGUCCCGGCCGAUAUGAGAGUCGUUUCUCUGAAGACAUUGACAUUCAGAGUUGAGCAGAGCUCAUUGACUGGUGAGGCAAUACCUGUUCUGAAAGGAACUGGUCCUGUUGUUAUGGUCGACUGUGAGUUGCAAGCAAAGGAAAAUAUGGUUUUUGCCGGUACUGUAGUUGUCAAUGGGAGCUGCAUGUGUGUUGUUGUAAGCACUGGAAUGAACACUGAGCUUGGGAAAAUUCAAAAGCAAAUACACGAGGCUUCUCUAGAAGAGACUGACACUCCCUUGAGAAAGAAGCUAGAUGAAUUUGGGGGCAGGCUUACCACUGCGAUUGGGCUUGUUUGUCUCGUCGUAUGGAUUACAAACUACAAAAACUUCCUCUCAUGGGAGGUUGUGGAUGGGUGGCCUGCAAAUGUGCAAUUCUCAUUCCAGAAGUGCACCUACUAUUUUGAAAUUGCAGUUGCCCUUGCUGUUGCUGCAAUUCCAGAAGGUCUCCCUGCAGUUAUUACGACUAGUUUAGCCUUAGGAACCAGGAAGAUGGCACAAAAGAACGCGAUAGUGCGGAAGCUUCCUAGUGUAGAAACUUUAGGAUGCACAACUGUGAUUUGCUCUGAUAAAACAGGAACUUUAACCACAAAUCAGAUGUCUGUUAGUGAAUUUUUCACUUUGGGGGGGAAGACCACUGCGUCACGGAUUUUCUAUGUGGAAGGCACGACCUAUGAUCCGAAAGAUGGCGGUAUUGUUGAUUGGAACUGCUACAAUAUGGAUGCUAACUUACAAGCCGUCGCAGAAAUCUGUGCAGUUUGCAAUGACUCUGGGAUAUAUAGUGAAGGUCGCCUUUUCCGAGCCACAGGAUUGCCAACUGAGGCUGCUCUCAAGGUUUUAGUUGAAAAGAUGGGAGUUCCAGAUGCUACGAUCAGGAAUAAAAUCCGUUAUGCGAGGCUUGCUGCAAACUACUUGAUUGAUAGCCGAUCAGUGAAUUUAGGCUGUUGUGAUUGGUGGAACAAAAGAUCAAGACGAAUUGCCACUUUGGAGUUUGAUCGCAUUCGGAAAUCAAUGAGUGUCAUUGCCCGGGAGCCAACAGGGCGUAAUCGCCUUCUUGUAAAGGGAGCCGUCGAGAGCUUACUGGAUCGUAGUUCACACGUACAACUGGCAGAUGGAUCUCUUGUUCCAAUUGAUGAACCUUGUAAGGAACUACUGCUUUCAAAACUUAUGGAGAUGUCUUCAAAGGGGCUGCGAUGCUUGGGAUUGGCAUAUAAGGAUGACCUCGGAGAAUUUUCGGACUACAACAAUGAUAGCCAUCCAGCCCAUGGGAAGUUGCUGGACCCCGCCUUCUACUCCUUUGUUGAAAGUGACUUAGUUUUUGUAGGAGUUGUUGGAUUACGAGAUCCUCCGCGUGAUGGAAUAGACAAGGCUAUUGAGGAUUGUCGAAGAGCAGGCAUUAAGGUCAUGGUGAUAACUGGCGAUAACAAGUCCACAGCUGAGGCCAUUUGCCGGGAAAUUAGAUUGCUCUCUGAAAAUGACGAUCUUAGGGGCAGAAGUUUCACGGGUAAAGAGUUCAUGAAUCUUUCUCCUUCGAAGCAAAAUGAAAUUCUGAAAAGACCUGGAGGAAUUGUUUUUUCUCGAGCGGAACCUAGGCAUAAGCAAGAAAUUGUAAGAAUGCUGAAGGAGAUGGGGCAUAUUGUUGCAAUGACUGGUGAUGGUGUGAAUGAUGCACCCGCACUUAAACUUGCUGACAUUGGUAUUGCCAUGGGCAUAACAGGAACAGAGGUGGCAAAAGAAGCUUCAGAUAUGAUUUUGGCGGAUGAUAAUUUUAGUACCAUAGUAUCGGCUGUAGCAGAAGGUCGCUCUAUCUACAAUAACAUGAAGGCUUUUAUUCGUUAUAUGAUUUCGUCAAAUGUCGGCGAGGUAAUUUCCAUUUUCUUGACUGCUGCAUUGGGUAUACCAGAAUGUAUGAUACCUGUGCAGCUUCUAUGGGUAAAUUUGGUUACCGACGGGCCGCCUGCUACAGCUCUUGGUUUUAACCCUGCUGAUGUUGAUAUCAUGCGGAAGCCACCCCGCAAAAGUGAUGAUGCAUUGAUCACGUCUUGGGUUUUCUUACGCUACUUGGUGAUUGGCACGUAUGUGGGCAUGGCAACUGUUGGCAUCUUCAUCCUGUGGUAUACACAGCCGUCUUUUCUGGGUAUCAAUCUUGUCAGUGAUGGCCAUACACUACUUGAACUUUCUCAGCUUCGCAACUGGGGAGAGUGCCCCUCAUGGUCAAAUUUCACCGUGACUCCUUUCACGGUGAGCGGGGGACAGACGAUUGCCUUCGUCAAUCCUUGUGACUACUUCACGGUUGGUAAAGUGAAAGCCAUGACUCUUUCACUCUCUGUCUUGGUGGCAAUUGAGAUGUUCAAUUCCCUGAACGCCUUGUCGGAAGACAGCAGCUUGCUCACAAUGCCUCCUUGGAAAAACCCUUGGCUUUUGAUGGCCAUGUCGAUCUCCUUUGGGCUUCACUGUCUUAUUCUCUAUGUUCCCCUCCUCGCAGAUGUGUUUGGAAUUGUUCCUUUGAGUUUGAGCGAGUGGUUGCUGGUCAUAUUGGUUUCUGCACCAGUAGUCCUUAUUGAUGAGGUUCUUAAGCUAGUAGGAAGGAGUCGAAGAUGGAGAACAAAAGUGAAGAGUGCAUAAUCCAGCUCACUAGAAAGUGUGACGAAAGAAACAACGAUUGUACUAACUCAUUUGGGAGCCUUUAUAAACAGUUCUCGUGUGAAUUAAGAUUCAUUGAUUUCGUACAA